AAAAAUCCAGGCAGAUGAGGUGAGGGUGGGGGGCGUGUUCAGCUGAAGCUAUGUAGUUCAAGACAGUUUAGAAAAGCCCUCAGUGAGUCUUUCAUAAAGACACUACAGAGCAGGAAACACCUGAAGAAGAAACAAACACUGACUGGAUGAAGUUUUCUAUUAAGGAGCUGAAAUAAACAACAGCUUCAAAGAUGUCAACUCCAUCAGUGCUGAUCUCUGGGGCAGUUUUUGUGCUUUUGCUUGCGAAAGCAGCCACUUUUCAAGGCCCACACCCAAACAAAUACAACACAAACGAGUCGGAUGGAUGCCAACAGCCGGCCAUCGGUGGACUACUUACCCGCGGAACGGGACCUGUUAUCUCCACCGACGAGGUACUGGAGUCCAGCCAGGAGGCACUGCACGUCACGGAGCGCCGGUACCUGCGGCUGGACUGGUGCAAGACUCAGCCGCUGAAGCAGACCAUCCAGGAGGAGGGCUGCCUGAGCCGAACCAUCAUCAACCGGUUUUGCUACGGACAGUGCAACUCCUUCUACAUCCCGAGGCACAACUACCAGGACGGAGAAGCCUUUCAGUCCUGCUCUACCUGCAAACCCAAAACCUUCAGCACCGUCACCUACACCCUGUACUGCCCGGGUCAGACACCCAGCACCAGGAAGAAACGGAUCCAGCGCGUAAAGCAGUGCCGCUGCACCACGAUAGAUACGGAUUAGAAACAGAAAUUACGCACUCAGUUUGUAAAUAAACCGCUUCCAUUGGAGGGACACUGCAGCUUUGCAAAAAUAAAAACUGGAAGUGUGCUUGGUUUAAAGGACACAUGAGAAAAAGGAAUGGAGUGAGGAAGUUACCCGAGCCCUUUGUGUCAUUGUAAAGGAGAGAAGUUGAAUAUACAAACGUGUGCUUUAUUUCUUCCUUUUCUCUCUAAAAUACAUCAUAGUUUAAGCUUUAAUCAAUAAUUCCUCACACUGUCCAAAUAUCUCAUCUAUCAGAAGUCAUUGCUUUCACAAAAACGGCUUUGGUUUUAUAUCAGAUUUGGAAGAUGUUUUACAGACUUAUUAUGCAGUAUUGCCACUGAUGAUAUAAGACAUUUGCAUGCAAGGCUGAUGGAUCAUCUGAUUUGCUCCAAGGAUUGGGAUGGUUGUAUUGUUUCCACUGUGUGGGAUGUUAAGCUCAUCAUGAUUUAUAAAAUAACAGUUUUUUUUUUACAACACUGCACUGCUAAAUGCCACUUCUUUUAUUUUGUAACUGUAAUGUAAUAUGUGUAUCAUGUAUUGUAAAGAGGCUCGUGAAUAAAACACACUAUGAAAUCAUA